AUGGACAAUACCCGUGUAGAUGUAUUUCAUGUUAAUAUAGGAACCGGCGAUAGCACGAUAUACUUGCUCGUCGAUACCACUACCACCACUUGGGUCAUCUCUGGCACCGUCAAGGCGGCCGUACUGGCAGAUGGAGGCCAAAGCCCUAACGCCUACCAAGUAAUCAAGAAUGCUAUCAAGGAUAUAGAACAGAAGUAUCUACCGUACGCUGCGGACUCUACCGCUCUGUUGAAAUUCGAUGCUGUGGUACUGACCCAUUGGGAUGAUGAUCACUAUCGUGGGCUGUUUGAUUUGCUCCUAGACGGUUUGAGCUCGACAGCCCCACAGUGCACACGUCUUAAAUACGACGACAAGGGGGCACCGACAAGCACGUUCUACGCCCCUUACGCUGCUGAUGACGAUCUUGAAAAAGGCGGUGUUAGACUGGUGGGCGGGGAAGUGGAUCCCAAAACUCACGAAUUGUCGCUGAUAGCAGCGAAAGCGAAAGUCGAACGCGUGGUGAAAGUCAGGACUUUGGAGCGGAACAGUUUCCGCGCUGACGUUUUCCUUGGCACCGAACUGUUCAGCGACCGUAGUUUGUCGACCACCAGCCCUAAGGACAUUAAAAGUCCGAAAGAGUUGAUAGGAGCCCAUAACAAAGAUUACGGACCUAUAGUGGCGCCGGGUUUGUAUUGUGUGGCUGGCAAUGAACAGUGCUUAGGACCUGCAAUGUUUACGGUGGUGGACAAACCAGACUCAUCAAAGAGGAACAAGUACUCGCUUUUCUUGCUUGUCAUCUGGCCUACCAAUCCUGUGCGUGUCGCCCACUACCUCGCGGGUGAUGCUGACUACUCAAUGGAGGACAAGGUCUGCCGGUGGAUCAACCGUGAUGGGCCGGUGGAGGUUCCCAACCUUAAGGCUAGCCAUCACGGCUCUACGUAUUCCACACCAACGCAGGUUAUCACUGGCUUAAAGCCAAGUAAUAUCAUUAUAUCAGCGUACACAGAAUAUGGACAUCCAGGCUGGCCACUUUUAUGCUAUUUGGAUGCAUAUCGCGCUAAAAACAACCCUCCGACCUUUAAUGUCUACGCGACUUGCUACCCAUAUUACCUGGUGGAAGCCUUUGACACCGUAAAGUGGCCAUUCGCGUAUACUGACAGAAGUGGUUCGCUGGAUCCGUUCACUGAGAAUGAUCCAAUAAACGUGAAGUUCCAAGAUGCCCUGAAAGCCCUGGAUGGCAAUGCGCUGAAAACAGCUUUCGAAACCGAGCGACUAGCAAAGCCAAAGGCGACCAUUGGGGAUAUGAAAGCAUGGCUUUACGAAAAAACAGCGGGCUUUUGGGCAACACUAUCCACAGUAGGGAAGGAGUAUCACCCUUUUGUGGGGUCAACGACAAUGCUCUACAUCAAGCUUCAGCUCUUAUAUAACGGAUCUACCGUGGUUGGCGUCGAGAACCAACCUCCUUUUCCAGCUAUGUUCAGAAGGAAAAUUAAGACUACGAAACUCUAUCCUCCCCCAAGAAGAGUUCAGCCCCCACGGGCAGCUGCUCGUGCAAGCAUUAAUGCCGCUGCGCCUAUCGCAUCUGCAACAGCUACUGACGUAAUAGGAAAAGUUACCAAGAAAAGGCGCCGGUCCCUUUCAGAGCUCCGCGCAAAGAUGGAGGUUCCGGCGACCGUCCGUACAGGUCCGACACCGUCAGCGGUCGAGAACCUCGUUACGCUUGCAGCUGCGGAUGUGGUAGCGAAUGACAAUGUGACCUUUAUCUUAAGUAGCUAUGUGGACCCAGUUCCAGGCAUGCAAAGCGCCUUAGCCUCGCUGCCACAGGCUCUGGAUGUUCUUAUAGGAUCUUUAUCAUUCGGAUAUUUGACUUUGACAGGGCCAAUGGUAACCGCUCUUCCGGGAACCGCGCUGGAUCCGAACGAAGAUGAGCUAUCAGUCUGGCUACGCUGGUGCGGACUUGACGGAACAUAUGUUUCUACUGAUUCGACGGGGGGCGUCAUUUUCACUUGUGGUCUGCGGCUUCCAGGGCAGCCGGCAAAUGGAGAGAUAACAUACUUUACGUCAAACAGCGCAGGGGAGGGUAUCGACAGUGAAUUGGUUAUGCUGCAUCUCCGCAUGCAGCCCACCACCGCCGUGCUUGCUUGUUCGAUGCAAGAUAUUGCACGUUUUCUCAAUUUAGAGAAGAUUAAUAUGCUGCGGUUAGCGGAUGAUCUGACUUUCCAAAUUAACGUUGAUCCAAAGUCACGGAAUUGUCUCUGGUUCGUACCGCAGUCUAACUAUCUGACUGUUAUCAGGCUUGAAGCGAGUGCAACAGCGGAAACCAUAAACAAGAUCAACGGCGCCAUUGGAACGAUUUUUUCUGGCGCAGUCUCGGUAACUGGGGCAAAGGUAGUAGCCCGCAAGACGAUGACAUCUUGUCCUUAUAGCGACGGUAUUGUGGUUGAAAGCGUCCCGGAGCUUAUCUUGUCGAUGACGCUCAAGGCAAAAGAUUUUGAAAUGGACGCUUUUCUGGAUUAUAACCCGGACGUCACAAUCUUGACCUUGCAAUGGCGCGACGGAAUUGCUCUGUCUCAAAUACUACAAUGGCUCGCAAGCACUUGCUCAUCCGGAACAAUUGAUGUAGAUAAAUGGAUACCGAACGACCACGGAUCAUUGAGGCUCCUACGCGCACACAUAGCCAUCGACAACAACCUGAAGCCGUCUGAAUUCACUAUUGACUUCGAGCUGAUCCUCAAAUUUGGAGGAAAUACGGAAAGGGAAAAGCCAGUAUUCCUCCUUUCAUAUACUUGGCCUAAAAACUCGUUUAGCGGCUCGCUUUGGAUGGUACCUGAUCAACCUUUUGUGGAAUUGCUGCAGAAGCUACCAGACUACGAGGACUAUCGCCUUCUGACUCCGAGCCCACUCGGUCCUGGCGAGUCGUAUAGCUCCUCGAUAUGCCUCGCUAACUUGAAUCCCAAUGCAAAGGGUGCUGUUACAAAGCCGCCAGGUCUCCCAACUGAUGUCAUUCUGGCGACCCUUUCCAUCGACCCGGAUAGUAUCGCUUUUUCAGGUAUUAUCCUUGCGGAUGAGCCAAGUGUGGCAACGGACAAUGGCGGUAAAAACUGGACACCCAUUUCACUUGAUGAAGUGGAUCUUCAGGCAAGAUAUGAUUGGAGGAAAAAAAGUCUGUCACUAUCUUUGCAUGCCGACAUUACCCUCUCGCCGAGACCGAAGGAGGAUAAGAAGGAUAGCAGUGCUGGCAGUACUUCCAUGUCGGUUGCCCUUUCCUUUAAUGACGGGAAGUGGCAAUUGACUGGUGAGGCGUUUGACGUAAACCUAGGAGUGCUAUACAGUUUCUUUGACGACGGUCAAGCCGUUAUGAGCCUCCUUGAGCACAUACGGGUGCCGCAUCUUGGUUUGCAAUAUGAUUACGAGAAGGAUACUGGAAGCAACUUCACGUUUGAUGGUACCCUGGAUAUUGGCGGGGUCAGACUUACUUUCACCUACGCGUAUCAGAAAGACAAGACUUGGAGCUUUAAAGCUGAUCUGCGAAAAGACGAUCCUCGUGCCGUCCCAACGGACUUGACCGCUGGGAAAGUACUAGCUGGAUAUUUUGGGAAUACCGACUUAUUACCUGACCUUGUGAACAACAUUGAGCUUGAUCGAGAUAGCUUCAAUCUCUCGUUAGGUUGUUCAAAGUCAACGACCUCAAACAGCAUCGUCCUAUAUGCUUUAUUAUCUCCUACGAAAGACUUCCAUCUUUCGUUGAUUCAAAUCCAAAAUACCGACAUGACCGCUCCUCCGAAGCGCAUGGUCCACUGUGUUCUGGGUAUUCCGACUCCACACUCUGUACCUCUAGUGCCCUCGUUCUCCAUGCCUGUCGAUGAAAUAGAGUAUCUGUGGAUCCAACCUUCGGAGAACAGCAUGGGGUUAACCGCUGAUGAUGUCUGUGUGAUCAAUACAGCUGUUCCUGAUCCUUAUUCUUACCUAAAAUACAAGUUAACAAGCGUUAGCCCAAAGAAAACUGAUGUUGUGUUACUGCCAGGAUCCCAUGUCCUGCUUACAGAGAGCAACAGCGGUGUCGUAUUGGACUACGUUUUUGGGAAGCAAACAGGAAGCGCGAAAGCGAAUACGCUCCGUUCUGGGAGAACACCAGAUGGAGAUACGGAAGAUGCUGGAGCGACAAAGUCGCCGCUCCACAAAUCUGACGGGAUCUUGUCCGUUGAGAAUAUUGGCUUGCAAUACAAAAACAAGAAACUCUACGUGCUGCUUGACGCAUCAGUCCACAUAGGACCGAUCGAGAUGGCACUACUCGGAUUCGGAAUCGGCGUGAAUCUGUCUGCCCUCACUGACUUCUCCAACCCUGAUCUCGAUAUUACCCUAUCUGGCCUUGGGGUUGAGUAUAUGCAACCUCCAGUCACAAUCGCUGGAAUUUUUCAGAAAACGUCUUCCCCUGAUGUCGAACAGUAUAAUGGUGGUGUCGUCAUAGCGAUAGCGCCAUAUUCUUUCCUUGCGUUUGGAUCUUACGGGAAGGCUCACGAUGCGACCCACCCGAGCACUGCGACUUUCAAAACUUUCUUUGUUUUUGCCAAACUGAAUGGUCCUUUGAUCGAACUCGAAUUUGCCGAAAUCACAGGCAUUAGCCUUGGAUUUGGCUACAAUUCGAAUCUGAAAUACCCCAGCGUCGACCAGGUAAUGUCAUUUCCCUUGAUUGGCAACAACGUUCCGAUGCCAGGAAAUGACCCUAUGGUGCUGCUCGAAUCUUUGAACUCGACACCAGGUGGUUGGAUUUCACCCCAGGAGAAGUCGCUUUGGAUAGCUGCUGGCUUGGAGGUGACAGCAUUCCAAGUAUUAGAUGUUCAAGCUUUGGUGGUCUUGGAGUUCAACCCGUACGUCUCCCUCGGCGUAUUCGCGAAGGCAAUAUGUAGUGUUCCAGCCAAGACGCCAAGACAGAAUUGCUUUGUGUAUGCUGAACUGGAGAUAAGCUGUCGCGUUGAGCUGCAUGCUGGCUUCAUGUCAGUUGAGGCAGAGCUAUCGCCAAAUUCAUUCGUCCUCCAUCCGUCCUGCCAUUUGAGAGGUGGUUUUGCACUGUACUAUUGGUUCUCGCCUUCUUUGCAAGCCGGAGACUUUGUCUUUACAAUCGGAGGAUAUCAUCCAGCAUUCGUCCGGCCAUCCUAUUAUCCGAACCCAAAGCGGCUCGGUAUAUCUUGGCAGCUCGACCGCAACCUAUCUGUUACAGGAGAGGCCUAUUUUGCAGUAACUCCAAAAAUGUGCAUGGGUGGAGGGCGCCUCGCUGCGGUGCUGUCUUGCGGGCCACUGUCAGCCCAUUUCGAGGAGCAUGCCGACUUUCUCAUCAACUGGGCCCCAUUCCAUUUUAAGGGUAGCAUCGGCAUAUCUGUCGGUGUAGCAUUCACCUUGGACCUCUGGAUUUGUACGAUCCAUAUCCGGGUUGACAUUGGCGCCAUGCUCGAGCUGGAAGGUCCCGAGUUUGGAGGAGUUGUCCAUGUUGACUUUUGGGUGUUUGGAUUUGAUAUACAUUUUGGACCACGACCCGGUAGGCCACCGGCGCUUAAACUCGAGGAGUUCUGGCAGCUUCUCCUGCAGCAGGAUACAAAUACUCCAAAGUCUCUACGAGCUGGAGACCCAAACCUGAAUUUAACUGAUGACAAAACAGCAGACCACCGCUUGACUGUUGAAAGUGGUUACGAACCUAAUCACAAGAAGGAUAUGGUGACAGAAGGAGGGGCCCAAUGGAGUGUUCGUGCUGGCAUCCUGCGCUUCCGAAUCGAGAGUAAAUUCCUUGUUUCUGCGGUUACCUAUCGUCAGGAUCAGGCGAAUCCCGUACAGGUUGGAAGGAAUGUCUUUGCCAAGCCAAUGCAACUCCAAUCACCCUUGAGUUCCGUCCUGGACGUAUCUGUCACAGGCCCCACAUCAGAAGUUGUAAGCGGAUUCCAAUUCAGCCCCAUCUGGAAACAAGUGCCGACGGGUAACUGGGGAAAAUACUCUCCAAAUGAAGAUCCCAGUAGUGGAGAUCGGAUUGACACCCUUCUGGAUCAUUCGGAUCACACGGAAACCACCAUGGAAGCGUUGAUCGGCAUUACGGUGUCAGCUCCUCCGCCGAAGCUGUCCGAUCCGGACAAACCUUUCCCUGCGUUCGAUGCCGCAAGCGCGAUGUCGUAUGACGUUUACAACGGCGCGCAUCCAAAGCUGCCUCCUACGACGCAAUCGCAACCGUCUUGGCUUCCUCAACCCCCGCUAUUGACACCAGGAGAUGCACAAGUAGUUAGUCCAGAGCAGUUUGACAAAGUGUACACGAUCUGGAGCAGCGACGAUAAAAUUCCUAGCCGCAAAUCCCUGAUUGAUGCAUGGCACGAUACUACGGGAUGGGUCACUACUCUAAGCCCUGAAAAACCUGUGGUCAUGUUUAAUGAGUUCUACGAUAUCUAUAUGGCAGCCCCCCUCCUUAUGGCAGCUUAAUGUGUUUAUAUAGUUCGUUGUGGAUAUUGAUAGCAUGUUUGUUUGACGCUGUCU